AUGUCGUUACCACUUUUCAGCGAGACGGAGCGGACAUGCAUGAGUGUCGAACUGGUCGAAAGUCUGGGGACAGCUUCAGCUGAGCAACUGGUGACGGAUCUGGAUGUCGAAUCUGUCCACGACGACGAGCUUCACUGCAUUGGCCCCUUUGGUGUGUUUCGCGCUUUUCACGAGAGCAGCUCCGAACAGGUUUUAUCGUGGCAUCAAUCACUAGUGCUAGAUCAGGGCGAGCAACAACAAUCAGUAACUGAUGGCGUCCACAAACAAUACCGUGAUGAAGAUUCCUUCAUCCCUACCUUUCCCUUGCUAGACGAGGAUAUAGUUCAACUGCCAUCAGAGCCGAUGCCCUUGGAGACAAAUUUGGAUUUGGGGUUCCCUGAACCUGAAGACCUAUCUGCUGAGAUUGAAGAUUGGAUGCAGCUGGGUGUAAGUUUGGGCAACGGAUCGCCCAUGUCUCUGUCAUUGGACAUACCUGAUAUGAACUUUAUUCUAUCACCUCGAGCUGGGACACCAGCUUCCCAAGAACCGUCGUUAGCACAUGGAGCGAUGUCUCUAAAACCAUACCAACAAGACAAGCGCCUAGGGGUAGAAGUCAUCACCGAGAUUCCUCGAAACCCAACUACCGGCUCCAGCAGCUUGCCGCCGUACACGUCCUAUCUACUACGACAUCUCAAGGAGGAGGUGCUCGAAGGUUCUGCGACAUUAUUGCAUCGGCUGUCGCCAUGGAAAGCCCUCUUCCUGCCACGUGCACUGCAGACCUUUGCGGAGAUGUCACUUUGGAACACAAGCUCGUACACAGGACGCAACAUACUAAGUUCUCUCCUGUGCAAGAGUGCAUACCAUCUGCAUAAGUCUUCCAAUUUGGGCGCAACCAGCCUGUCGACAGAAUGGCUUGAUGUGGCCGCCACGCAUCAAAAAGAGGCGGUUAAUUUGCUCAAGGCAGCGCUGGCGACUGAGUCGUGGACAGAGAAUCAGACGGAUUAUGCCGAGAUGCUCAUGGCCAUGCUGAGCGUCGGGUUCACGAUAUUACGAGCCAAUGACCCGCGCGCGGUCAAGAAGCUCUUGUUAGAUGCCGAGCGCCUCAUUCGUCUGCGAGGUAUUCCAUCAGAUAAACCACAUACACACCGAGUCUUGCAUCACAUGUACACUCAUUUACGUCUCAUAGCGGAAAGCACCUCACUCAAGCCCUUAGUCCAGGCUGCGCAGGCAGACGUCGCCAGCGAACCGACGGCGAGUCCAGAGUACAAUGCAGCAAUUGGUCUUCCUGGCUUCCGUUUGGAUGAAAACAACCUGGGCAAACUAGAUACAACUCAAGAAAAGACAAUGGAAGUGGGAUAUAAUGAUAUACACCUUCAGGUGUCUGGAUACUGGCAGCCGACGCUGUAUCCCAAGAUGUACAGCAUGCCAGAAUCGCUCAUGACACUCUUGUCUCAAACCAUCAGCCUCGCCACUGAAAAGCCGGCAUUAGAGGCCGCCGCGCUUACCAGUCCGAGCGUAUCUGUCGCUCUAUCGCAUCAUACACGCACUCUGGAGCAGCAGAUCUGGUCUUGGACGCCUUCACCCAUCGAGCUGCCUGUCGGGCCAGGCCGACCUCAGUCUCUCGUCACAGCAGAUACACCAGCUCUCGACAAUCGCGACGCGCGGUCUAUGGUCCUUGCGGUGCACCAAGCCAUUAUGAUAUUUUUCUAUCGACGGGUCUAUAAUAUGAACGCAAUGAUUGUCCAGGAACAGGUGCGCAAGACGCUCGACUUUCUGGAGCCGUGUGUGGGCACCAGGGUAUUUGAUCAGGACUUUGCGGUCACCAUCGGUUGGUCAUGUUUUAUUGCCGCGUGCGAGGCAGUUUCACCUGACUUACAGAAGAGAGGAUUAGAGUAUCUGGAGGCCAUGGAUGGCUCGGGUGUGUUUAUUGAAACGGACAAGCCUAGUGUGAUUGCAAAGGCUGUAUGGAAGCGUAGGGCAUGUUCAGGGGAUAUGUCGUAUAGCUGGCUGGAUCAUAUGAUGCAGCAUGUAGAAGCGUCAUAA